AUGCAACGCAUUCUCCUCGCCACGGCUGCUCUCACCCUCGUCGCUGCGGACCGCGACGCGCUCGUCGCCGAGCUCAACCAGUGGAACAAGGCCUUUGGCCCGUCGUACUUGCCCACGGGCGUGGACGCGGCCAACACGGAGGACCUCCUCGUGCGUCUCCAGGCAGCCAAGGAUGCGAUCGCUGCCGUCUCCAAGGAGCAGCCGACGGCGACGUUCGGCAUCGGGCCCUUCUCGCUCUACUCGGCCAAAGAGUUCCAGAACUACCUUCGCCGUUCGUUUGCGCCGGGUGCUGCGCUGCUUCAGGACGCGCCGCGGGUGGAGGACCGCGGCGUCGGCGGUGCCAACGGCACCCUCGACUGGUCGGCGACCAGUUGCAUGAACCCGGUCAAGGACCAAGGCAAGUGCUCGUCGGCGUGGGUCUUUUCGACGACGGCGUCGGUCGAGGCUGCCCACUGCAUCGUGACUGGAUCGCUGCUCAACGUGUCGGAGCAGGACGUUGUGAGCUGCGACCGUGACCAGCUCGACGAAGGCUGCCGCGGCGGCCUCGAGUUCACGGCCAUGGACUGGAUCGGGAAGAACGGUAUCUGCCUCGCCAAGGACUACCCGUACACGUCCGGCUCCGACGGCACGAACGGCGUGUGCCAGACGACCUGCAAGAAGCAAAUGCUCGCCGUCGAAGGCCACGCGUGGGCGACCGGCGAGCUCAAGUUGGAAACGGCGUUGCUCAAGCAGCCCAUCACGGCGGCCGUCAUCGCCGCCAACGACGCGUGGCAGCACUACACGUCCGGCGUCGUGACGUCGUGCCCGGGCAACACACUCGACCACUCGGUGCUCGUCGUCGGCUACGGCGCCGAGAACGGCGUCGACUACUUCAAGGUCCGCAGCUCGUGGGGUGCGGCGUGGGGUGACAAGGGCUACAUCAAGCUCCAGCGCGGCGUCGGUGGCAAGGGCAUGUGCAACGUUGCCGAGUUCCCGAUCUACCCCAAGCUCAAGGGCACGCCAAUGCCGACGACGGCGCCCGUCCCGACCAAGCCCGCGUGCUAA